AAACAUUCUCAUAUAUCAUAAGUCUUAUAAGUCCUUACCUCUUUCUUUCUUGAGUAUUUUUUUUCACCCUUAUUAACCAUGCCUACUUCUCUUGAUUAUGAUCUCUCCCAAAAAAACAAGAAAACUCUUGAUUUCAUAGAGGAUAUUACUACACAUGCAGAUGAAAUCCAAAAAAAGGUCCUAGCUGAAAUCCUCAACCGCAAUGCAAAUGUUGAAUAUUUGCAAAGACAUGGUCUCAAUGGCCAUACAGAUAGUGAAACUUUCAAGAAACUUCUCCCUAUCAUAACCUAUGAAGAUAUUCAAAAUGAUAUUAACCUUAUUGCCAAUGGUGAUACUUCUCCAAUCCUCACCUCAAACCCCAUAUCAAACUUUCUCACUAGCUCAGGAACUUCUGGUGGUGAGAGAAAGUUGAUGCCAGCAACAGAAGAAGAAUUUGGAAGAAGAUAUUUACUCUAUAGUUAUUUAAUGCCAAUAAUGAGUCAAUUUAUUCCUGACCUAGAGAAAGGUAAAGGAAUGUACCUAAUGUUCAUAAAAAAUGAAUCUAAAACACCAGGAGGAAUUAAAGCUAGUCCAGUUCUAACAAAUUAUUACAAAAGUUCUCAUUUUCUAAAUAGACCUUAUGAUCCAUACACAAAUUUCACAAGUCCAAAUGAAACUGUUCUUUGUCUAGACUCAUACCAAAGUAUGUAUUCACAACUUCUAUGUGGUCUUAUUCAAAACAACGAGGUACUUCGUGUCGGCGCUGUUUUUGCGUCUGGUCUCAUUCGUGCCAUUCGAUUCCUCGAAAAAAAUUGGAGACUUCUUUGUAACGAUAUACGAACAGGAACUCUCGACCUCCUUAUCACUGACGAUUCGGUGAGAGAGGCUGUUAUGAAAAUUCUUAAACCUAACAAAAAUCUUGCUGAUUUUGUUGAAGGUGAAUGUAACAAAGGUUCUUGGCAAGGUAUUAUAACUAGGUUGUGGCCUAAUACUAAGUAUGUAGAUGUUAUUGUGACAGGAACAAUGUCACAGUACAUUCCUACUUUGGAUUACUAUAGUAAUGGGUUACCACUAGUUUGUACUAUGUAUGCAUCUAGUGAAUGUUACUUUGGUGUUAACCUUAAUCCUCUUUCUAAGCCUUGUCAUGUGUCUUAUACUCUUAUCCCCACCAUGUGCUACUAUGAAUUUUUACCUGUUAAUAGAAGUAACUGUGAGGUCAAUGGAUCAAUUCCACCAUCAACAACAAAAUCUCUUGGUGAGAAAAAAUAUCAAGAGGUGGUGGAUCUUGUUGAUGUCAAGCUUGGUCAAGAAUAUGAGCUUGUUGUUACUACUUAUGCUGGACUUUAUAGGUACAAAGUAGGCGAUGUAUUGAAAGUGACAGGAUUCAAGAACAAGGCACCACAAUUCAGCUUUGUUUGCAGAAAAAACGUUGUCUUAAGCAUAGAAUCAGACAAAACAGAUGAAGUUGAGUUACAAAAUGCAAUGAAAAAUGCAGUGACACAUUUAGCACCAUUUGAAGCAGAUGUAGCUGAGUACACUAGUUAUGCAGACACAACAACAAUUCCAGGACACUAUGUGUUGUAUUGGGAAUUGAACCUUAAAGGGUCAACAAAAAUUCCACAUAGUGUUUAUGAAGAUUGUUGUUUAACAAUUGAGGAAUCAUUAAACAGUGUUUAUCGACAAGGUCGUGUUUCAGAUAAAUCAAUUGGUCCACUUGAGAUUAAGAUUGUUGAGCAAGGUACAUUUGAUAAGCUUAUGGAUUAUGCUAUUAAUUUGGGGGCUUCAAUUAAUCAAUACAAGACUCCUAGGUGUGUGAAAUUUGCACCUAUGGUGGAGCUUUUGGAAUCAAGAGUUAUGGCAAAGUAUUUUAGUCCUAAAUGUCCAAAAUGGGUUCCUGGCCAUAAGAAGUGGAAUAAUGAGUGAGAAUUGAAGAGUAAUGUAAAUUUGGAUGGAUAUUAUAUAUGUAGUUUGACAACUUUCUUGGUUGUUUAUGUGUGGCUAUGUUUGGAUGGACAUCUUAGGGAAAAGUUAGUUGCUCUAAUUAGAAUAAUUAAGUUAUGUUUAUAAGUUUCUUUAGAUCUCUUGUGUUUGUUGUACAACUUUGUGCUGGUUUUUGAAUUUGUAUUAUAUGCAUGGUAACCCAUCUUAUCCCUUGUAAAAAACAACACCCUUUUAAUAAAAAUUUAUCUUUCUUAAUAUCUAAA